AUGGAACUAAAUGUAGGCCAUAUUGUUUGGGCUAGACAGAAUAAAGAUAAUAUUUAUUGGCCUGCAAAAAUUGCAAUGAAAUCAAAUAGUACGAAUGAUUUAUGGUCAACUGAAUUGUUUGAUAAUUUUCAACAACAAUCCACUUAUCUUAUCGAACUUUUUAUCACGAAUCAAUCAUUUUGGACAACAGAUAUUUUACAAUAUAGUCAAUAUCGUGAAUCAAUGGCAAAUCAUUCAUUUAUUAAUUAUGGUCUUCAUCCAGCAAUGAAACAAGACUUUUUAAAUGCUGUUUAUCAAGCCGAUUAUGCCAUUAGCAAUGAAAUGUAUACGCAUAAUAAUUAUAUAACACCAAGGCCUACUACUAUGCCACACCAGUCACAAAGUUUCUUGUCUACCUUUGAAGAUAAUACCGAUAACAAUAGUCUCUUGAUGACAAGUCCAGAAAUAACAUCAAAUACAGGAUACUAUGAUUCAUCCUACCAACCAUCAAUGGAUUGGACGAAUCAAUCGCUAGAUAAAUUAAUAACAAAUAAUAGUAACACUGCUCAAAUAUUAACUACAACUAAUGAUUGGUAUGAACAACAAGGUUUAUUUGUUGAAUCAAUAACACCACCUAUAUCUUCUGAAAACGAUAGUCAACUUGAAUUGAUACCAUCAGCAAAUAAUUAUCAAAAAGAAAAUUCUAUCAUAAUAAUUACAUCGAAAAUCUAUUCAAAUUCUUCAUUUAUUUCUCAUCUUUUCAAUUGCCUAUCGAACGUUUUUCAACCUUCAAUAAUCUACAUUGAAGAUAUAAUUCAUUAUCAGCAUCCACAUACAGUCAAUAUUACUUAUCUAAUUUCUUUCGAUUAUUUCAAUUCAACCAUUCAACAAACAUUGAAUUCAACGAUUCUUAAUAAUCUGAGUGCACAUAUUAAUUAUUUAUUUCUUAUUAUUAAUUCGCCAUCGUAUGAUCUCAUUCGGCAUUUCUAUUCAACAAUAACAGAUACACGAAGUAUUGUUAUUCUUCAGUAUCAUACAACGUUUGACAAUGAACCCCUAUUAUUAUGUUCAGGAAAUCGAACAACAUUUGACAAGAUUCAAUCGUCAUUUUUGAAGUAUUUAUGCACAAAAAUCAAAUAUAUAGAAUCAAGUGAAAAUGAAAAUGAACAAUUAUUUUCGGCUUAUUGUAUAUCAUCAAUAAUUCAAUCGACAAAUAUUCUUAAUAAUUUUAUCAAUGAAAAAUUUCAAGAAACAUUAAAUGGAGAAUUUGAAUCAGAUUUUCUCAACAAUAAUCAAUCUGUUAUUAAUGAAUUAUUUCCUCGGGUUUCAACUAGUAAACCAACCAAUAAUAAUAAUAAUAAUAAUAAUAAUUUACUUGAAUUAAUCCAUAAUUCAAAUGAAGAUAUAGUAACAAAUAAAUCCAAGCAAGCAAUAGUAAUGAAUGGUUUAUUUCAAAAUCGUGCUAUUAAAACACGUAUACCUCCAACUAUAUGUGAAUAUUAUGUACAAAAUAUUCUACAUGAAAAAAAAUAA